AGAACAGUUUGCAAAAUGGUGAAAAUAUUACGUUUUUUUAAAGAGACGAAUGAGCAGAAGAAACCGAGGAAUGUUCUUAGCUCAUCAGUACUUCAGUCUUGGCAUUAGAACAUCUCUACUGAAGAUUAAUUAUCCUUUGAGAUGCUUCAGGUUUUCAACUUGUUUCGCCAUGAACUUCAAGCAUAAAAACGCUAAACGAAUUGAAGGGCUUGAUGACAAUGUGUGGGUGGAAUUUACAAAAGUUGCUGCAGAUCCCUCUAUUGUUAACCUCGGACAAGGACUUCCAGAUAUAUCUCCUCCUAACUAUGUAAAAGAAGAAUUGGCAAAAGCAUCAUCGGUGGAUAGGCUGAACCAGUACACUCGGGGUUUUGGUCAUCCACCAUUGGUGAAAGUCCUGUCUCAAGUGUAUGAAAAAGUUUGUAGAAAAAAGAUUGAUCCAUACACGGACAUUCUGGUGACAGUAGGGGCAUAUGGAUCCCUGUUUAGUGCAAUACAGGCGCUUAUUGAAGCAGAAGAUGAAGUAAUAAUAAUUGAGCCCUUCUAUGACUGUUACGAGCCCAUGGUGAGGAUGGCAGGAGCCACGCCUGUUUUUAUACCUUUGAGAAAUAAAUCUGUGAAUGGAGAAGCUGCUUCUAGUGCUGACUGGAUCUUGGAUCCCACCGAGCUUGCAAAUAAAUUUAAUUCCAAGACUAAAGCUAUUAUACUGAAUACCCCUCACAAUCCCAUAGGAAAGGUUUAUACAAAAGAAGAGCUCCAGAUAAUUGCUGAUCUCUGUAUUAAAUAUGACACACUGUGCAUCAGUGAUGAGGUGUAUGAAUGGCUAGUUUAUACUGGAAAUAAACAUAUUAAAAUAGCUACUUUGCCUGGAAUGUGGGAGAGAACAAUAACAAUAGGAAGCGCUGGAAAAACAUACAGCGUAACUGGCUGGAAGCUUGGUUGGUCUAUUGGUCCCUCACAUCUGAUAAAACACUUGCAGGUCGUUCAACAAAAUACCAUUUAUACAUGCCCAACUCCAUUACAAGAGGCUGUAGCCCAAAGCUUUUUGCUAGAUUUCAAACGCAUGGAUGAUACAGAAUGCUAUUUCUACUCCUUGCCUAGAGAGCUGGAAAGGAAACGGAACCGAAUGGCUCAGAUGUUUCUGGAAGUUGGACUGAAGCCUGUUAUUCCCGAGGGAGGAUAUUUUAUGAUUGUUGAUGUGUCCACACUAGGUAUAGAUCUGUCUGACAUGGAAAAAGGGAAACCUUAUGAUUAUAAAUUUGUGAAAUGGAUGAUUAAAUCUAAGAAACUGUCAGCUAUUCCUCUGACUCCAUUUUGUGGCCCAGAAACUAAAGGUCAAUUUGAAAAAUAUAUACGCUUUUGCUUCAUCAAAAAAGACAGCACAUUAGAUGCAGCAGAAAUGAUUCUGAAGAAUUGGAAGAAACAAUGACCUAGAAGUAAAGAAGCUUCUAUCAUCCGAAAGAAAAAAAACAACCUAACAAAUUAUGUUUUUAAAGAUUGCAUUAUGCUGCCAUCUGCUGGAUAUUUAGCAUUAAUAAUUGAAAAGUGUUGAUAUUGGUACCCUCCAAACUAAUAGCAUUUUUAAAAACAAGUUCAGAAUAAUUCUAUCUAAUUUUUAAUAUUCUUCAAUAAAAUAUAUAAAUAUUAUUCUAAAGCAGUGUUUCUCAAAGCUGGCAACUUUAAGACACAGGGAUUUCCAACUCCCUGACUGGGGAAUUCUGGAAGUUGAAGUCCACAUGUUUUAAAACUGCCAACUUUGAGAAACACUUGGAUUUUAAACUACUGUGUUCCAUUAGCUAGCAAAAGAUAUUUUGCUUUUAUUGCAUGGCAGAUAGUUUCUUUUUGUCUUUCGUCAUUCAAAAAUAUCAGCAUAAACUGGUAUUUGACAGUAGAGAAUCAGUAGUGGUAUGCUACCAGUUUUAACGGUUCGGCUGAACAGGUACUUAAAAAAAAGCCUCUGAUCAGCUGAGAGGAGGGGAAAAAAGCCUCCAAAAAGAAAUCAGCUGAGAGGAUAAAAGACCAAAAAGUGCAUGGGAGGGUGGGAGUGCCACUCCUAGCUUUUCGCUUCUUCAUCCUCUCAGCUGCAAUAAUGUAAUGGAAAGAAUAUAAAAGAAAUAUAAUGAAUUAUUCUAGAAAAAAGCCAAAUUACUUUAGAGUCUGAGUUUUCAUCUCCCCAUCUUGUGUAAAUUAGAUAAGCCCUUUGAUGAGUGGUGGGCUUCAAAUAAUUUAACAAUCGGUUCUCUGCCUGCUUGUUGGGUAGGCGUGGCCAUGAUGGGUGUGGCCUAGCCGGCCCCCUGUACCAUCCUGGGAGCGAAAAUGGGCUGUGGAGGGCCCAUUUUCAACCUCCCCAGGCUCCGGCGGCUCUCUGGAGGCCGGAAAUAGGCCAAUUUUUGUCUUCCGUGGGUCUCUGGGAGGCCCGUUUUCCACCUCCCUAGGCUCCACGCACCCCCUGCACUUACCUGGGAUCCAAAACGGGCUGCGUGAGGAGGGACGGGGCCAGCCAGUCGUCAGAACUACUGGUUUACUCACCUGGAUGUAAAAUUUACAUCCGGUGCGCCCGAACCGGUGUAAACUGGCCGAAGCCCACCCUGCCUUUGAUCUUGCUUAAGUUCACAAAAUGAGAUGUGUCAUCUGUCAUAGCAGGCUGUUUCCAAUUAUUAUAAUUUAUGUUAUAAUAUUCUUUGAGGACCUGUUAAGAAUUGUCAACUAAUUUUGUGGAAUGAAAAAUUGAUUUACUUAAGAAAUCACCAAAACUACUUAGUCAUAAAUCUUAUCUGAUUAUUUGUUUUCAUUGAUUUUAUAAAUGUGCAAAAAACAAUAAACCUAACAUAGAAAUAUAA